AACAAGCUACUUGAGGUUCACCAUUCCACGAUCAGAUGGCUAACCUGUAAGCCCGUCUAAGCUAUGUGCGAAAGGCAGGUCGUGGUUUACUUCUAGUCAUUUCCAAAGACCUAAGGUCGAUUUUGAACCAGACUAUACCCCCAACGCCUGCAUGCGAACUACGACCUCCGUGGUGCGAACCUGUUUCCAGCGGCCGUGCCUGUGGUCACUACGCAGCAUUGGUCCAACGUCUCAACAUGCCGCAAACGUCUGUUGCUGACGGGAAGGCACAACGACAGCCGACGACUAAGCUGUGUGACGACCUUGAAGGUGAAGCAUUUAAAGAAUGGCGCCAAGCGAACGAUCAGCUCAUGCGUUUCUACAGGGACCACAAAUUCCAACUUGACAAGAUUGAUUAUGGAAUAGUGGCGGCAACGUUGAGCCCAGUUGUGGCAUCCUGCUUUCGGGGCUCUUCGUGGAAAAACUUUGCUUGUGCUUUGGGCAUUCCCGACUCCGAGUUAGAGGGUGUGGAUCAGUGGGCUGAACGUUGCAAGCUGAUGCCCCUCCAAGUGGCACUGCAGCACUUAUACCCAGCUCUGAAGGCCUGCUCAAAGUGCUGCAGUCUCGGCCACCUGGUUGACGUCCUGAAGGAGCAAGGCCGUUUGGACGUUCUCAACAAAAUCUCUCGACAUAUUGAAGGAUUUCUCUCGGAGUCCUCUCGUGAAACCUGCUGUUUCGAGAAGAGCCAUCACAAGAUACUGGAAGACUCGCAGAGCUCGCUUUCAUCUAUGGAUUCAGGCGUAUGCAGCCUGGACGUUGGAGACUUCCUUGGUGACCCUGAAGGCAAGGACAGCAUUCUGAUUGGGUCAGCCCCACGGCAAGCUGCCCUACCGUAUUCACCAUGUUCGAAGAAUGGAGCUAUUGUUUCCAAAGCAUUUUCUCCUGAAUCCAACAGUUGCACAACUCCACCAAGUUUUGCAAAUCCAGACAACGUCAGUUCGUCUCACAACAAUAAUGAACAUGCCGAGGAAGAGGAGUCCAUCUGUGAAUCUCUGAUUGAUCAAAUACUGCCGAAGGCAAAGCUUGACAAUGACAAAUUGACAGUCUUUGUGAGCCACCUUGAAGAGGACGCCGGUCUAGCCCAAGAACUAGCCAAGAUAUUAGAAACUGAACACGAGUGCUACGUCCUAACCCAAGCCGAGAUUCAGCCUGCCCUUCAUACUAAUCCCACUCUGAUUGAGGACUUAAUACAGAAGGUAAAGGCCAUUGUGCCGUUGGUCACAAGAGCCUACCUAGACCACUAUGAGCAUACACGGCGGACAAUCGAUCUGAACUCUGCCGACAGCAUAUUGACACAUGAGGUGUACACUCUGUUUCUUCACCGGCUUGUCUCAAGCUCUUGUCUGUACUACAUGUUGUUCCCGGUACGCACCCCUGAUGUGAAGUACACAGAGGUCCGCCACCACCAUAUUUUUGCCAAGUCCAAGGUGCUGUGCAAAGAAGACCUUGCUCGACUAGUGACAAACAUGCAUGGUUGUCGCAAGCUAAGGCUGUCUAAUGAAAGGAGAGGCUCGUGAACUU